GGGGCGCUAACGGCUCUGCUUCCUCCCCUCCCGUCGUGGCCGCCUCGCAUCGCGAACAAAGAGAGAAGAGAAGAGAGAGAGAGGAAAAAACUCAUCUCGCGCUCGCUAUCCCUUCUCUUUUCUUUUCUCUCUCCUUCUCGUGGUGUGUGAGGUGGCGAGGUAGAGGAAGCAGCGGAGACCACACGAAUCCCCCCACCACCCUCGCGCCCCCCUCCCCCGUCCCCUCUCCCUGCGCGGCGCCACCAACCUCGCCUCUCCCGGCGCGGCCAGAGGAGCCCAGCGGAGCCGGAGCCGCCGGCGGGUCUGGGUCAGGUCCGGCCUCGUCCCUCCCGCGGAGGCGGCAGCGCGCGCGGUUGGAGCGCAAUCUUGGUUCCUGAAGCUGUAGUACGGCUGUGUCAUGGCGGGGUCUGUUGCCGCCUCGGGGUUCUUCCCCACGCCGGGGUCUACCCCAGCUGCGUUGGCUAGAGGCUCCAAGAACAUGUCUGGUGAAUUACCUGAGACUUUGAGUGUCCGUGGGAUGGUUGCAAAGCCAAACACGCCGCCCGCGUCCAUGCAAGUCAAGGCUCGGGCCCAAGCACUUCCCAAGGUUAAUGGCUCUAAGGUUAACCUCAAGACUACAGGCUCAGACAAGGAGGAUACAGUGCCUUACACUUCCUCAAAGACCUUCUAUAACCAACUGCCCGACUGGAGCAUGCUUCUUGCAGCUGUCACGACCAUCUUCCUGGCCGCGGAGAAGCAGUGGACGAUGCUUGAUUGGAAGCCCAAGAGACCUGACAUGCUUGUUGACACAUUUGGCUUUGGUAGAAUAAUCCAGGAUGGGCUGGUGUUUAGGCAGAACUUCUUGAUUAGGUCCUACGAGAUUGGUGCAGAUCGUACAGCUUCUAUAGAGACGUUAAUGAAUCAUUUACAGGAAACAGCUCUUAAUCAUGUGAAAACUGCUGGUCUCCUUGGAGAUGGUUUUGGCGCUACGCCAGAGAUGAGUAAACGGAACUUGAUCUGGGUUGUCAGCAAAAUUCAGCUUCUUGUAGAGCAUUAUCCCUCAUGGGAAGAUAUGGUCCAAGUUGACACAUGGGUAGCUUCUGCUGGAAAAAAUGGAAUGCGUCGAGAUUGGCAUAUCCGCGACUACAAUUCGGGCAGAACAAUCUUGAAAGCUACAAGUGUUUGGGUUAUGAUGAAUAAGACCACUAGAAGACUUUCAAAAAUGCCAGAUGAAGUUAGAGGUGAAAUAGGCCCGCACUUCAACGACCGUUCAGCCAUAACAGAGGAGCAGGGUGAAAAGUUGGCUAAGCCAAGGAACAAAGUUGUGGACCCUGCCAACAAGCAGUUCAUAAGGAAGGGGCUUACUCCCAAGUGGGGUGACCUUGACGUGAACCAACAUGUGAACAAUGUGAAGUAUAUUGGGUGGAUCCUUGAGAGUGCUCCUAUUUCAAUACUGGAGAAGCAUGAGCUUGCAAGCAUGACACUGGAUUACAGGAAGGAGUGUUGCCGUGACAGUGUGCUGCAGUCACUUACCAACGUUUCAGGUGAAUGUGCGGAUGGCAGCCCAGACUCUGCCAUCCAGUGCGACCAUCUGCUCCAGCUGGAGUCUGGAGCUGAUGUUGUUAAGGCUCAUACAACUUGGCGGCCAAAGCGACCGCAUGGCGAAGGAAACCUUGGGCUGUUCCCGGUUGAGAGUGCAUAACCGCUUCGAAUGUUAAAUACGGCAAGCAUGGGUUCUUAUGGGAUGCAAAUUCUAAUCUUGCCGGGGAUAAAUGGUUGAUUGAAGGAAUUAUUUUGUGCCGGGGAUAAGCCACAUAGCCCAGCCUGCUGCAUCUUAUGCUACACACACAUUGUGAUGGAGAGAUAGAGCUUGUUCAAACUGUUUUCGGAGGAAUUGGUCGGAUUUGACAGGCUUUGGAGGAAUGGGGAGCUUGACUGGUGAUACUGAAGUAAUUUGGAGGACAGAGAAGGGUGGAAUUUGGAUUAUGGGACAAGGCAGGGGCUUGUGUGUGGUGAUAGUGAUUUGAGCUGAUUGGUGAAGAAGGAAGAAUGCAGCGGCGUUGGCUGGGAUUGUUUGUGUUUUUGACAUGUGUUUGGACGCGGAGCGGAAUGGAUAAAUAAUUUGUGUACUAAGUUAGCCCAGAUGUGUGUGUGGAGGCGAAAUCCUAUCCCUUGUAACAGCCUGAUGAUUUGUACAUUCCUACCUAGUACCCCCCUCUUCUCUUCUCUUGUUGGUUGAAUCGAAUCGAAUCGCAGCUCUCCUGCGUUUCCUUCCUUGGAAA